AUGUUUCAUGAACAAGAUGGCCCCGACGAAAAUACAUUUAUGCUUAUAUAUGUGACGCACCGCACUAUCCAGGACAACAACGCCAACGACGCCAGCAUGGACUUCUUCCCCCCCACCAACCAAAGACCACAACGGUCUACCACCACCGCUACCAUGCCCACUCGCACCCCGGCCCAAGCCCGCGUAACCGACUACGACCCAGCCUACCACACGUUCCGCUUCGAGAUGCUCGCGGUGCUCUCCCGCAUCCACAAAGCCUCAUCCAACCUCUGCGAGCUCUGCGAAAGCACCCUCAUGCAGCAGGUCCACCACACCUACACGGCCCUCCUCACCACCAUCAACCCGCCCCCACCUCCCCCAGACGCCCCCGGCUCCCGCGUCCGCCGCGCCCUCUUCAACCCCAACACCAGCUUCCCCGAACUGCGCACCACCGCCAACCCCCACCCCACCAUGAUCGAAGACGCGCUGGACACGCUCCUCUUCCAUGACCCCUCGGCGAGCGAAACCAUCCUCGACCGGCUCUUCGAGCCGCUCUACCAACCACACCACGACACGCCCAACCUCCUCCAAACCCAAAUCUGGUACUGCUUCGCGGGGGAGUACACGCUCGUCGACGCGGUGCAGGGGCGCAGCAUCGCCGACUUCGCGCGCAUGCACCUGCAGCUGCUGACGAACCUGACGGGCGGGCGGGCGCGGGACGGCGGGCGGGUGUACCUGUGCGCCGCGGCGACGGACCCGGCCAGCCGGUACAAGUGCUUUGGGGGACGCGUGCACGAGGGGUAUCCGUUUGCGGGGGACGUGGAGAGGCAGACGGCGUGCGCGAUGGAGGCGGUGGAGAGGAAGAUGGAUGGGGCGGUGUGGGCGCUGGUGCGCGAGGGGUUGUAUGAGAGGAGAUGGCCGGAGGGGUUGGACGACGAGAGGGAUUGGUUGGUGGUGCUGCGGGCGGUGGAGCAGGCGGAGUGGUUCAAGGAGAAGAUCCGGCGGUUGGGGGAGUUGAUGCGGUAUAGGGACGUGAAGCACAGGUAUGAGAAGGCGGCGGAGGAGUGGAGGGCUGGGCGUGAGGCGCGGCGCGCGGCGGUGCUGGCUGGGAGGGAGGGUGAGGUGGAUGGGAUUGUGGGGACGCUGAAUAUGCUGGAUGGGAUGAAAAAGCGGCUUUUGCAGCAGGAGUGGCACGUGGCGGAUCCUGUUCAUGAGUAUGGUGAUGAGUAG